GCGAGGAGUUAGCCUCGCGGGGCGCCAGGUGCGCGGUGCCAGUAAACAUAGCAGGACCGGGGGCUCUGCCCGGCCGUUCCUCAGGCAUUCCGUCCAUCCUCACAUGUGCCAGGCGCUAGGCGCGGAGCAGAGAAGGGAUACCGCCCGCCGUCCUGUGAGAUCCACACUAGACAGUUAAAGGAACGAAGUCCAGGUGCUGGCAAGUGCAAGAGACUAGACCCGACCCGGGGAACCAGAGCGAGCGCAGCGUCGGCCACUGAGAACGUGGCCCAGCACCCCCAAAACAGGAGGCGCCCUGAACGCCCAGCCGGACACCGCGGACUCCCCAGAGGGGGGCGCCCGUCCCGCUGGGGCCAAGGACGUGACCCGCCAAGGAAAAGGCCCUCUAGAGCAAAGGGAAAGGCUUGACUUUGGAGUUGGACUCAAGGCUGUUGGCUGAGGCACUACCUGUGACCCGUUCAAGAAGAAAUUCCUCUGGAGACCACACCUGCAGGCACCCCUUAACACCCUGGGUGUGGGAGCUGGGAGGGAGAGACUUGAACACGAGAGCCACCGUGGUGAGGAGUCCCCAAGGUGAAGGAUGCUUGCAGAACCCGGCCCAGCUGCGGGGGAGCCGGAGCAGCUCGGAGCAGUCAAGCUGGAAGAAGAGGAGGAGGCUGCCAUCCAGGAGGACCCCGGGCAGCCAGCGGCCAGGCCCCGGCCCGAGGUGGCUCAUCAGCUCUUCAGGUGCUUCCAGUACCAGGAGGACAUGGGGCCAAGGGCGUCCCUGAGCCGGCUCCGGGAGCUCUGUAACCACUGGCUGCGGCCGGCUCUCCACACCAAGAAGCAGAUCCUGGAGCUGCUGGUGCUCGAGCAGUUCCUGAGCGUGCUGCCCCCACACCUCCUGGCCCGGCUGCAGGGCCAGCAGCUCAGGGAUGGUGAAGAGGUGGUACUGCUGCUAGAGGGUGUCCGGAGGGAGUCUAGCAACGUGGGGCCGCUGGAUUUCAGUUUUAAUGCUGGCAAGAAUUGUCCCCAUGCAGACAUCACCUUGGAGGAACAGGGGGGCUCUUUCCAAGUCUCCAGCCACAGUCCCAAGAAGGAAGAGCCCUCAGAAGGGCUUCCAGCCCUGGAGCCAUCGCAGGUACUCCCACCGUCCCAGUCGGGGCCCUCCAAGCCUGCUGAGAUGGGGGACUGGAGACGUUCCCUGAGUUCAAGGCAGCCACUGAGCCCAGGUCCCAAGAGGAGUUUGCAGGCCCUGCAAGAGAGCGCCCUCCAAGGCCCUGAGCUGUGGCCAGAGGAGAACUUGGGAGACCAGGAGUUGGCAGCAGUGCUGGAGUCCCUGACCUUUGAAGACGUCCCAGCAAAGAAGGCUUGGCCUGUGCAUCCUCUGGGAACUGGAGGCAGAACCCUAGAAGAGGCGUUUAAGGCAGAAGAGCCGAAAGGGGUGUCCUGGCCCUCGACCGCCUCAGCAAACGCUCAGGCAGAGAGCCCCGGGGUGGCAGAAGAGCCCCACGCCCAGUCGCUAGGGUCUGGCCCUGAGACGAGCGGCCCCGGAGGAGAAAUGUCCCCUCCCGGCAGGAGUGACGUUCUCAAGGUCAAAGCAGCCGAAGGCGUCCCCAAGUCGGAGCCGGAGGUCAAGUUCAUCUGCACAGACUGUGGCGUCAGCUUCCCGCAGUUGGCCCGCCUGGAGGCGCACCAGGUGCAUUCGCACCCGGGCGCGCGGUCCUUCUUGUGCCUGUGCUGCGGGAAGGGCUUCGGCCGCAGCUCCAUCCUCAAGCUGCACAUGCGCACGCACACAGACGAGCGGCCGCACACCUGCCACUUGUGCGGCCACCGCUUCCGCCAGAGCUCCCACCUGAACAAACACCUGCAGACGCAUUCCUCCGAGCCCGCCUUCCUGUGCGCCGAGUGUGGCCAGGGCUUCCAGCGCCGCGCGCGCCUCACGCAGCACCUGCUGGCGCACUCCCAGAACCAGAAGCCCCCCAGCGGCACCCCGGAGACCAAGCCCCCGGCACCCCCUGAGCUGACCGUGGUCCUGUGCUCCCACUGCGGCCAGACCUUCCAGCGCCGCUCCAGCCUCAAGCGCCACCUGCGGAUCCACGCCAAGGACAACGGCCACCAGUGCUCCGAGUGCUCGGGCAGCCUGCGCCCCGGGCCCGAGCGCCGGCCCUAUGUGUGCAGCGAGUGCGGCAAGGCUUUCCGGCGCAGCGAGCACCUGGGGGCCCACUGGCGCGUGCACACAGGCGAGCGGCCCUUCUCUUGCCAGGUGUGCGGCCGCAGCUUCAGUCAGAGCUCCCAGCUGGUCUGUCACCAGCGGGUGCACACAGGCGAGAAGCCCUACGGAUGCCCGCACUGCGGAAAGCGCUUCAUGCGGCGCGCCGGCCUCGCCCGCCACCUCCUGACGCACGGCGGCCCGAGGCCCCACCACUGUGCUCAGUGUGGCAAGAGCUUCAGCCAGACCCAGGACCUCGCUCGCCACCGGCGCAGCCACACCGGCGAGAAGCCCUGCCGCUGCAGUGAGUGCGGCGAGCGCUUCAGCCAGAGCGCCCACCUGGCCCGCCACCAGCGCAUCCACACCGGGGAGAAACCCCACGUCUGCGACACCUGCGGGCACCGCUUCCGAAACAGCUCCAACCUGGCCCGCCACCGCCGGAGCCACACGGGCGAGCGGCCCUACAGCUGUGAGCAGUGCGGCCGGAGCUUCCGGCGCAACGCCCACCUGCAGCGGCACCUGGCCACCCACGCCGGGGCGGGGGAUGAGGCCGCAUCUGGGCCGGCGGAGCCCCCCCAGGAGUGCCCGGAGUGUGGCAAGGUCUUCAGCCGCAGCUGCAACCUGCUGCGGCACAUGCUGGUGCACACCGGGGCCCGGCCCUACUCGUGCGCACAGUGCGGCCGCAGCUUCAGCCGCAACUCCCACCUGCUGCGCCACCUGAGAACCCACGCCCGAGAGACUCUGUACUAGCUCCUUCCGCUUCGGCGAGGCCGAUCCUGGCGCAUCUCCCUGGGCUGCUCCCAGGCUGCCGCGCAUGCGC